AUGGUGGAAACGCUCGAGAUCCCAUCGCCCGCCGACUUUCAUGUGCAUCUUCGGCAGGGGCCUAUGAGUGAGCUGGUGACGCCUCAUGUGGCCUUGGGCGGCAUCGACCUGGCCUAUGUCAUGCCGAACUUGACGCCGCCGCUGACAUCCGCGCAGCAGACGGUGGACUACAUGGCGCAGCUGCGAGCUAUCGCCCCACAUACCCGCUUCCUUGGAACCAUGUACCUAUCGCCAAGUAUCACGCCAGAUGAGAUUCGCCGUGCAUCUGCGGCUGGUAUACGUGGCGUGAAGAGCUACCCACGCGGUGUGACGACGAACAGCGACGGUGGCAUUGAGGACUAUGAAGUGUACUUCCCUGUCUUUGAGGCGAUGCAAGAGUGCGGCAUGGUGCUCAACCUGCACGGUGAAAUUCCCAGCGAUACUGACAAGGGUGUGUGUGUCCUGAACGCCGAGCCGCUGUUUCUGGCGCACCUCGAAAAGAUCCACACGCACUUUCCGCAGCUGCGCAUUGUGCUCGAGCACGCCACGACGCGUGCCGCUGUCGAAUGCGUGAAACGCUGUGGCGAUACGGUGGCGUGCACGAUCACCGCACACCAUCUGCAGCUGACGGUCGACGACUGGGCCGGCAAGCCGCUGCACUUUUGCAAGCCCGUGGCCAAGAUGCCAGAUGACCGUGCGGCCCUGCGCGAAGUCAUUCGCGAAGGGCAUCCGCGCUUCUUUCUCGGCUCCGACUCCGCUCCGCAUCCCCUCGCGGCCAAGUACCCAUCGCCAGCGAGUCGAAAUGACUCAACGGACGAGCUCAUGCUGAACUGCGGGUGUGCAGCGGGUGUCUAUACAUCGCCCAUUCUUCUUCCGCUCUGCGCGACACUGCUUGAAUCGUUUGGCGCGCUGGAUCAGCUCGCUGCGUUUGUGAGUGAACAUGGCCGCCGCUUUUACAACGAACCGGCCGAGCCAGGUCGAGUCGUACGGCUGCGCCGAGCUACGCCGCAGGACGCGCCUGUGCCAGCCGCCUACGUCCACUCAUCCAGCACAGACAAGCGCGAUGGCGACCCGUCCAAGCUGCAAGUGUCGCCGUUCUUCGCGGGCCAACACCUCGGCUGGGUCCUUGCAUAG